AGAUUUUUUUUCCAAAAAGUUGAUGCCAAGAGAAAAACAGUAUCGCGGAGGUAUCACAAGCUUUCCCCAAUUCUCCAGCGCAAACAUCAUCAAGUCGCAUUCUGCACAAUUUGAAAUACGAGACUCUGUCAUAAAUACUUCCAAACCGAAUCUUCCAAGACUCAAGGGCACAUCACUCUGUUUAUUCGAAUACCUUUUGAGAUACCUGCCAGCGAAAGUCAAGUAAUCCUUGAAUCUCAAGCUCUCAAGCUCGAACACAUCCAAGUUCGCAAUUUCACAAACUCGUCAUUAUGCGCACACAGCCAAACAUUAUAAUAACGGGCACGCCUGGUGUGGGAAAAACUACCCAUUGCGAACAAUUGGCUGAGAGUACCGGAUUGAAACAUUUGAGUGUCAAUGAUGUGGUUAAGGAGAAGGGGUGUCAUGAGGGCUGGGAUGAUGAAUUGAAGACAUGGAUUGUGGAUGAGGAUAAGUUACUGGAUGAAAUAGAAGAAGAUGUCAAGCAAGGCGGAUACAUCAUCGAUUGGCAUGCUUGCGAACUAUUUCCGAAAAGUUGGAUUGAUUUAGUGGUUGUGUUGAGGGUGGAUUCGACGCUGUUGUAUGAUCGGCUGAAGGCGAGAAAUUAUCCAGAAGCCAAACUACAAGAGAAUCUAGAUGCGGAAAUUAUGGAGGUUUUACUUGAUGAAGCGAGAGAGAGUUAUGAUGAGGAGAUUGUGGUGGAGCUACGGAGCGACACAAGUGAUGAGGUGGAGAGUAAUGUGGAGAGGGUUGAGGCAUGGGUCAAACAAUGGAAGAAGGAUCACGCGGAGGAUGAGCAGUGAUAUUUUGUAGGCAUGGAUUAUUGUUGCUCAGUCCCUGAAGUG